AUGGACGGGGCCGCCCACAUCGCCGGUGACUCCCCGGAGGCCAACAGGGCCUCCUCCUCCGCGUCCUCGACCGACUCGGCCUCCCGGCGCUCCCGACCGCGGAAGGGGAUUCACCUGCGGCGGUGUCGGCGACUGUUGUUCGCUCGGAGAGGAGAGGGCGGCGAAGGUGACGGUAAGGACGCCGAUGACGACGUGCAGGACCUCGCACUGUCGCCGGGGAUGUCCUUCGCGGUGGUUCUCGCCCAGAGGCUCAACAUCAGGGGCCGCGUAUACCCAGCGAUGCUCCCCGUCGACGGCAACAAAGUCCCCGAAAAGGUUUGGAAGGGGAUCACUGAUGGGGAGUUCAAUGUGCUGGACACAUUUGAAGAUGAACAGUAUGUGAGGGAAGUUGUUGGCAUCUCACUGACUGAUUCGGCGGAUACAAUGAUGGCCUAUGCAUACAUAUGGGGGAAUGUAGAUGAUCCUGACCUCUAUAGUGAAUGGGAUUUUGACGUGAGUAUUUCCCUUCAUGCUAAUUGUAAGCAUUUUCCAUAUAUUGAUUGA